GCUGAGUCUCGUAAACAUGGCCUUCACGGCGUUGACCAAGGACUUCUCUCGCCUUCUUCGUGCCUCUUUAUUGGCCUACCACAAAAAUGGAAGAAGGGCGCUCACGUUAUCAGCGUCAAGAAGAUGCGCCAUAUACACCACGGAUCCAAUUGAUGCCAACGAACCAACCUUUGACAAGAUACUGAUUGCCAAUAGAGGAGAAAUUGCUUGUCGGGUCAUCAAGACGGCAAGGAAGAUGGGCAUCAAAACAGUCGCCAUCCACUCUGAUGUCGACUCUAAUGCACCCCAUGUGAAGCUUGCUGACGAGGCUGUCUGUGUGGGAACAGCUCAGGCUCGAGACUCUUACCUACGUAUGGACAGGAUAUUGGAUGCCAUCAAAACCACUGGCUCCCAGGCUGUUCAUCCAGGAUACGGUUUCCUAAGUGAAAAUGCAGAUUUUGUACAGAAAUUGGAAGACAUUGGAGUCAGCUUCAUAGGUCCCAAUGCAAAGGCUAUAACGGGCAUGGGUGAUAAGCUCGAGUCCAAGAGGCUUGCUAUGGCAGCUGGAGUCAAUACCAUCCCAGGCUUUGAUGGUAUUGUGAAAGAUGCUGAGGACUGUGUACGCAUCAGCAAUGAUAUUGGAUACCCAGUGAUGAUCAAGGCAUCUGCUGGAGGUGGUGGGAAGGGCAUGCGCAUUGCCUGGAAUGAUGAUGAAGCUCGUGAGGGAUUCAAACUAUCUACGCAAGAAGCUGCCUCUAGCUUUGGGGAUGACAGAAUACUGGUGGAGAAGUUUGUUGAUAAUCCAAGGCAUAUUGAAAUUCAAGUUUUAGGUGACAAAUUUGGCAAUGCGAUAUACCUUAACGAACGUGAAUGCUCUAUCCAGCGUCGCAACCAAAAAGUCAUAGAAGAGGCUCCUAGUGUUUUUCUAGAUGAAGCUACAAGGAAAGCUAUGGGAGAGCAGGCUGUGGCAUUAGCCAAGCAGAUUGGAUAUUCAUCUGCAGGAACUGUUGAAUUUCUUGUUGACUCCAAGAAGAAUUUCUACUUUCUUGAGAUGAAUACAAGAUUGCAGGUAGAGCAUCCCAUCACAGAGUGUAUUACUGGUGUUGACCUUGUGCACCAGAUGAUAAGAGUGGCUAAAGGACAUUCCCUGAAAAUUAGCCAGAAAGAUGUACCCAUAAGAGGCUGGGCCAUCGAGAGUCGAGUUUAUGCUGAGGAUCCUUUCAAGAACUUUGGCCUGCCAUCUAUUGGGCGUCUGUCAAAAUAUCAGGAACCACUUCAUCUUCCAAAGGUUCGUUGUGACAGUGGCAUUGAAGAGGGGAGUGAAAUUAGCAUAUAUUAUGAUCCAAUGAUCUGUAAGUUAGUGUGCUAUGGAGACAACAGAGAAGAAGCGUUGGAGCGCAGUAUCAAGGCAUUAGAUGCUUACGUGAUUAGGGGUGUGACGCAUAACAUACCCCUGCUUAGAGACAUCCUCACUGAGGCACGCUUCGUAUCAGGAAAUAUUUCAACCAAUUACCUUCCUGAGGUUUAUCCAGACGGAUUUAAGGGAAAACAACUAACAUCAAAGGAAAAGGCGGAGCUUACAGCUGUGUUAGCCUCAGUUUAUGUGAAAGAUGCACUGAGGUCCAGAAACUUUAUGAAUGCAGAAAGAAUUAAAGUCAAUAGCCGAAUUCCCUCAUCGUGGAGCUUAGUAGUUCAAGUAGCUGGUGAAGAUGUACCUUGUGAAAUCAAAGUAGAGGAUGGUGCAUUCAAGGUGACGGUUGAAGAUAGAGUUGUGGCUGUGGACUCUGCUUUUGAUCUUGCUUCCCCCCUUAUUGAAGCUAAUAUUGAUGGUGAACAAGAAACCAUUCAGCUCAUUAAACUUGGCUCAGGUGGUGAGAUCAGGAUAAGAUAUAAAGGAACAGCAUUCCAAACCACUGUGGUCACGGAUACAGCCCACCGUUAUCUCUCUUAUAUGCCAGAGAAGCCCAAGGUUGACCAGAGUAAAGUAGUUUUGUCUCCAAUGCCUGGCUUGGUGAAGUCUAUAGCUUGUGCUCCAGGAGAUAUGGUUGGAGAAGGCCAGGAAGUGUGUGUCAUUGAGGCAAUGAAGAUGCAGAACUCCUUGGUUGCUGCAGCCACUGGUAAGGUGAAAGCCAUCCAUGUAAAGGAAGGAGAGACAGUGGAAGAAGAGCAAGUUUUAGUCGAGUUAGAAUAGAGUAACAACAAAGUUUGUGUAGCAUUUCGAGUAGGUGAAUUGGUGUGAGAGCAACAAGGGUUUUUUUGUGUAGUGUUUGAGUGAUAGAGAUUACAAGAUUGGCCUUUUAAGAUUCUUUAAUGUUGUAACAGUUAUUUGGGUUAAUUUUAAAAUGAACUAAGUAUUUUCUUCAUCCAUCAGCUUGGAUUCUAAGCCAAGUUAUUUCCUUUUUUCCAUAAAGGAAUCAUAAUGAAUUAGCACAGCAUCAGAAGACAGAGUAAUCAUCAACAAAACGUAAACUUGAAGCAAGAAUAUACACGCAAUAAGAGUGAAGUAGAAGUAGCUACUUCACCAGUAUGCAGUUAAUUUUGAAACAUUGUUUAAUUGCUAAUAUCAAAGCAGCACCACCUCAUCAUUGUAGUAAUUAAUGAUAUUGCUUGGUUUCAAAUAAAUGGGAAUAGUUCAAUGUGGGGCAGUCUAUUAUGAACAUUAAUUACUGCAAGAUGGUUUCUACUCUCUUGCAAGAAGUACAGAAUAAGAUGUACAUUAUUGGGCAUUGUGUAAUUUAUAUAUUUAUACUUCUUUUUGUCAAAUAAAGGCUUUAGAAAUGAUUACUGUUCAAUUAAAGAGGAUGGAUUUUAUCAUUUAAGAUGUUUAGGUUGAUGUUAUGGGUCUACAUGAUUUUGAUAUUUAAACAUCUUUAAUUUCAAAUUAGUAGUACAGUUACAGUUGGCUUAAUAAUGGUAUAGAUUGGUUAAUUUCAUAACCCUUGAUGUUGAAAUAGCUUGUGGAUGUUAAGAAAUUUCUUUAAAAGAUUUUGAAGGAUAACAAAUUUGAGGACUACUUUUUAAAAUAGAAUAAAACUAUUUUUGUGUACAUUUAUUGUAAAAAAAAAAAAACUUACUCUUCCAGUGUCAUAAAACAGUGGUGUAUAGUUUAGGAAAGAUUUGGAUUUAGAUUUUCAGGUCUUUGUGUAAAUUUCAUUUACAGUGAUUAUAUUUUUGUAGUGUAAUAAAGUUUCAGUUAGCUUA